UCCGACCUGUGGGAUUGUUUUUUUUAAAUUUUAAUUCUAAAUAUAAAAGACAGAUAGCAGGUUCUAUUCUUGAUAUUGUAGAUUUUAAAUAAAGAUGUCUCUCGUUAAUGAAAGUAGACAAAAGGUUCAGCAAUUGCUUGAGAGCACACUCCCACUUGACCAAUUAUCCCUCAGCCAUUCGGUCCCACUUCCAAAUUCAGCUGAAGAUGGAUUUUCUCCAGUAUACAGAAAUGGGUUGGCAGUGAACGGAUUGGCUGAAAGUAUUCACCCAUCGUUGAAUACACUUUACAACACAUUCAAGGCCACAGUUGAGUUGAAGCCCAACGCACCUGCGCUUGGGAGUAGAAUUAGACAGCCAAAUGGCUCAUUCAGUGAGUAUCAAUGGGAAUCUUAUGCUACUGCUGACAAACGUCAAAAGAACUUUGGAUCUGGAUUAUUUUUUAUUCUUCAAAAUAAUCCAUUCAAGACCAACUCAGAGGCUCACAACCGGAUAGAUCAACAUGCGGCUACUGGUGAUGCAUCAUUUAUUGUUUCAAUUUUUUCAGCCAACCGUGCUGAUUGGGUCAUUACUGAUCUUGCUUGUAUCAGUCAUUCCCUUACAAAUACUGCAUUGUAUGAUACAUUGGGUAAGGACACCUCAAGAUAUAUUUUGAGCUUAACCGAAUCUCCAGUUUUGGUUUGUUCCAAAGAUAAAUUGGAACUGAUCAUUUCUUUGAAGAGAGAAUUUCCUGAAGAUUUGGCAAGUUUGAUAUCUAUAGUUUCUAUGGACCCAUUAGAUGAAUCUGAACAAUCUUUGAUUGCAUCCGCUAGAGCUGCAGGAUUGACAGUAUUUGAUAUAGGUCAAGUUGAAAAAUUGGGUGAAAUUUACCCAGUUAGUGAAAUCCCUCCAAAGCCAGAAACUCUCUAUACAAUUUCUUUCACUUCUGGUACCACCGGAGCCAAUCCUAAGGGUGUUGUAUUAACUCACAAGAAUGCCGCUGCUGCCAUGACAUUCUGUGCCACUGUUGUUCCACGUCUUGACAACGCCAAGGUUAUGUGCUUUUUACCUUUGGCUCAUAUUUAUGAAAGAAUGUCUUAUUCGUACGCUUUGGCUCAAGCCCUGGCUAUUGGAUUCCCUCAAGGUCCUUCUCCAUUGACAUUAUUAGAUGAUUUGAAGUCUUUGAAGCCUCAUAUUCUUGGAUUGGUCCCUAGAGUCUACACCAAAAUUGAAGCCGCUUUAAAGAGUCAAACAGUCAACAACGAAGAGAAGCCACUUUUGAGUAAGUUAUUCACCAAGGCAAUCAACCGUAAGAUUGAAUUACAAUCAGUUGAAGACGGUGCUGAUGGUAAACAUUUGUUUUAUGAUGGUCUCAUUAGUUUGGUUCGUUCCAAGAUUGGGUUUGAUAACGUUGUAAUGGUUAGUUCUGGUUCUGCACCAAUUUCUCCAGAAACCGUUUCAUUUCUUAAGGCUGCAUUAAACGUCGGAUUUUCUCAAGGUUACGGAUUAACAGAAUCCUUUGCUGGCGUUUGUGCAUCCCCAAGAUACGAGGCAAACCCAGGCUCAUGUGGAGCUAUUUCAGUUACUACUGAAAUGAGAUUGAGAGAAAUUCCAGAAAUGAACUACUAUGCCACCGAUAAGGAUGGCCCAAGAGGUGAAUUACUUUUGAGAGGUCCACAAAUUUUCAAGGAAUAUUACAAGAAUGAAGAAGAAACCAAGAAGGCCAUCGAUGAAAAUGGUUGGUUCUAUACUGGUGAUAUUGCUAGAAUUGAUGCUACCUCUGGAAGAUUAUACAUUAUUGAUAGAGUGAAGAAUUUCUUCAAGUUAGCUCAAGGUGAAUAUAUCACUCCAGAGAAGGUUGAAAACGCCUACCUCUCGUCUUGUCCAUUGGUGGCUCAAUUAUAUGCCCAUGGUGACUCCUUCAAGACAUUUUUAGUAUCAAUCGUUGGUAUUGAAAAGGAAGGCACUAAGAAUUGGUUAGUAUCUAAGAAUGGUGUUAAUAGUUCGGACAUUGAGUCGGAUGAAGCCCUCGUAAAGAAAAUCAAUGAACCGGAAUACAAAAAGGCUUUCUUGAACUACAUGAAUUCUAACGUUGGAGAUUUCUUGAAUGGAUUUGAAAAAAUUCAUAACAUUUAUUUAGACAUUGAACCAUUGACAAUUGACAGAAAUGUGAUUACACCAACAUUGAAGAUUAAGAGACCAAUUGCCAAGAAAUUCUUUGCUGAACAAUUUGAUGCCUUGUACAAUGAAGGAUCAUUGAUUAGAAGUGUUGAGACCAAAUUGUAAAAUCAUUCAUUUAUAUUAAAUAGAUUUAUUUAUUUUAAGCUUUGAGUAUCAUACAAAAUAGUAUUUAUUGUCCAAAUUUAUUCAA